AUUUUUCUUCCGGUGUCAGAAUGAACGUUGCGCGAUACAACAGAGCUAGCUAAAUGAAACGAUAAACGUUUAGCAACUUCUCCUUUCCCCGCCGUCCCAGUUUUUUUUUCUCUGAAAAAUUGUUGAAAUUAAUUUAGGGGCUGCCUUAAAGUGUGAAGGAAUUUACGGAGAGGAACAGUUUUAACGCCUACGUUGUUCUUUAGGCUCUCAGAGACAGUUUGGGUGUUGUGGUUUUCUUUCGGGCCCAGGUGUCAUGGAGGGUCCGUCCUGUCGGUUAUCUGCUGGGGCAGAAGAACCCCGGCCGUCGGGCAGGAGGGACGCUGGGUCGGAGCCCACGUGGGACACGAAGACUCACUUUCGUGUGUGUCGCUUCAUAAUGGAAACAGGAGUGAAGCUCUGUAUGCGCUCAGUACCCGUGGCAACGGCCUGUGUGUUGUACCAUCGUUUCUUCCAGCGGGUCACAUCCCGUGUUUAUGAACCCUACCUGGUGGCCAUGAGCUGCUUGUACUUGGCUGGAAAAGUGGAGGAGCAACACAUCCGGACCCGGGACAUCAUCAAUGUGAGCCACAGGUACUUUAACAAAGGCAGUGCUCCUCUCGAAUGUGAUAAGGAGUUCUGGGACCUAAGGGACAGCGUGGUGCACUGUGAGCUCCUCAUCCUACGACAGCUCAACUUCCACGUCUCCUUUGAACAUCCUCACAAGUAUUUGCUCCACUACCUGCUUUCUGUGAAAUCACUGGUGAACCGGCACGCUUGGUCUCGAACCCCCGUGGCUGAGACUUCCUGGGCAUUGCUGAGAGACUGUUACCAUGGAGACAUGUGCAUCCGCCACACACCGCAACACAUUGCGGUAGCUGCACUCUACCUGGCGCUGAGCAGCUAUGGAGUGGAGCUGCCCACUGGAGAGAAGGAGUGGUGGCAGGUUUUAUUUAGCAAGUCAUCCGAUUCCGAUUGAAACGGAGAAAAGUCUCGUUUCGGUUCAGACCUCCUGCUCCGUCCCUGAAGGCCGCCGAAUCUGGGUCGUUUCAAAUGGCGUGUCAACCUUUGAUGUCCCUCCUGCUCAGUGAGGCCAGGUGUGGAGCUGAAAGUCUGCGCCGUGUGUUUGUGUGUGUGUGUAGGUGCUGUGUGAGGACGUGACCAAAGCAGACAUCAACGCUGUGAUCUCAGACCUUCUCCGGCUGUAUGACAUGGAGGCCAAGUGUAUCUGAAGGACAAAGCGGUGGACUGGAGAGCCACGUGGAAGUUCUGUUGGUGUCGGUGCGGGAAGAAGGUGAACAUCCUCUGAUCUGUGCAGUGGACGGCUGGGGUUCAGGUGCGUUUGAAUAUGUGUGCAUCCGAGGCAGAGAAGACUUUGUUUUUGCCCCAGUUACCCUGUGGAACUGAGAAAAUCGUACCUGCAAUACCGCUGUCUGCCACUGAGGGGAGACAUGUCUCACUUUUGGGUGUCUCAACACUGCAUGAGACAGGUUUGUACUUCAGAUACCACAGUGGGAAGUCCUAGACCUCUCUGUGUAGUUAUUGGUACAUUGGUUUGUAAUAACAGAGAAUAAAUAAAAAUGUUAUGGAAUUGUGAA